AUGUCAGCAUCAAAGCUGAUGAUGGAUGUUGCACUGAUACAUGCCGAAAGUUCAGUGCUGAAAGGAGACUUGAGCAAGUCGGCUUGGGAAGUUGAGGGACUAGGAGAUCCGAAUGAUGCCGACCAUCAUAGCAAAGUAGUUGUGACACCUGAUGGCUGCAGCGGUGGAUACAAGAAGGGUAUUGUCAGCGAUUUCAGAGCUGAUGUUAACCUGGACGUGGACUUUGGUUUGGACAAUGGAGCAAUGUAG